UGGUGUUGCAGAGACAUCUUCCCGCUGGGUCUACAAGAGUUCUCCCUCAUCUGCACCUACCGGGCUCGUCGGCCCCCCCGCGGUCCCUGGGACAUCAUUAGGAUCAAUGACCUUGAGGACAGGCCGCAGUUUGCCGUUACUCUUAACCCCAUCACCGAGAAUGUUGAGUUCUCCAUUCUGGCGUACGACGGAACACUUCAGACGUUAGAGUUUGACCAGGCAAAGAGUGCCUUCGACACAAACUGGCAUAAGCUUCACUUCGGUGUGUUCCGAGAUAGUGUGACGCUCUACCUUGACUGUGAAAAUACGACGCAAGUACCACUUGACCCCUUUGGUCCCAUAGACGUCAAUGGUAAUAUCCAUAUUGCAAAGCUGCAAGAUUCUUCUCGCACCGUUCCAAGGAAAAGGCAGAGGAAGAAUAUUGAGCUACAGUGGAUGGUGAUGAGCUGCGACCCAGCCAGCCCAGAGAGAGAGACCUGCUUAGAACUUCCAGAGCGAGAGCUGAUAACGCAGGAGAGACCUGAGCAGUGUGAGGUCAUUUGCCCGAUUGGUCCUCGCGGCUUCAACGGCACAGACGGUCGUAGGGGGCGACGUGGUGAACGUGGCCUGCCUGGUGACAUUGGCGAGCCUGGUCUGCGUGGUUUUCCUGGCGCCAAGGGUGAGAGUGGAGUGCAAGGACCCCCAGGUUCUGUUGGUCUGCCAGGAGCACAAGGUCGACAGGGAGGGACUGGCAGCCGGGGUUUCCCUGGACCCGCAGGACCUCAAGGUCCCAUUGGUCUUCAAGGGCUUUCGGGUCCUCUUGGUCCUAAAGGAAACAGUGGUGACAGGGGUCUUCCAGGUAUACCUGGUCCUGUUGGUCCUCCUGGUGAGGCUGGCCCUAGAGGUGUGCCAGGUGACGCAGUCUUGGUGACCGGACCUGCUGGCGAGCAAGGUCCCCCAGGUAUUCCAGGACUUGGAGGCCCCCCUGGUCUAGAUGGACUUCCUGGUGGAAUAGGACCCAAGGGAGAAUCAGGAAGACGAGGCGACCGAGGGUUGAAUGGGCGACGAGGUAUUCCAGGACUAAAGGGAGAACGUGGCCAAGGAGGACCCGUAGGACCUCGGGGUGAGCCGGGGGUUGCUGGACCACCUGGAGCACCUGGCGGAUCUGGUGGUGAUGUCAAUGGAGUAGCUGUGCCUGGACUGCCUGGUGCACCUGGCACAAUGGGACCAAUUGGACAACCGGGUGAGAUGGGAAUGAAGGGUGAAAUUGGAGUUCCCGGUAGAGAAGGUCUUCCUGGUCCACGGGGUGAUAAAGGUGACCGAGGACCAACAGGGCUCGCUGGUGCUGACGGCAGUAAAGGAGAGCCAGGAAGGACUGGAAGUCCCGGCAGUGAUGGAGCCAAAGGAGAGCUAGGGUUACCAGGCAUUACUGGUCUUAUUGGCAAACCUGGAGUUGUUGGACUGCCUGGUCCCCAAGGACCUAUGGGUCCGCCCGGUCCUGAGGGGCUGAAGGGUACAGCAGGUGAUCGGGGUCAGCCAGGUUUGGCUGGAGAGCCGUCACCACCCGGCCAACCUGGACCCCAAGGUCCUCAAGGUAUGCAGGGAGAACGCGGUGAGGAGGGACCACCAGGUUCCGGUGGACCUCCUGGACUUCGGGGACCACCAGGCAACCAUGGACAAAUAGGAAUCAUUGGUCCUAAGGGACAUGCUGGUUUACCAGGACUUAAGGGAGAGCCUGGCAAACCUGGUCGUAGGGGUGAAGUUGGCCCCAUGGGAGGAGUCGGUAGUAGAGGACCAGCUGGCCCUCAGGGUCCACCGGGACGCCCAGCAAAAGACGGUACCAAGGGAACUCGGGGCAUUCAGGGACCUGUCGGCCCUCGUGGCUUGCCUGGACCUUCCGGUCCGUCAGGUCCUCUUGGUCCAACUGGGUCACCUGGCCUUCCUGGCUUCAUGGGUAAACCUGGUCCACCUGGACCCCCAGGUCCUCCUGGUCCACCUGGUGACUCAGCCGCUCAACCACUGCAAGUAGCUGGAGAACGCGUAUAUGGUCUGCCCGGUGUGAUGGGUCCUAUGGGACCAUCAGGCCUUCCUGGUGAGCGUGGUGCAGAUGGUUCCCGAGGCCCGGAAGGGAAAAGAGGUCAUCCUGGCCAAUCUGGACCUGCUGGACCAUCCGGUCUACCUGGGUCUCCGGGUCAGCGCGGACCUCCUGGUAAUAGUGGUAUACCUGGUACACCGGGUCGCGAAUACACAGAGGCUGAGUUACGUGGAAUAUGCGCUUCAGUUUUAAGAGAAAACUUAGCUGAGAUAGCCAAAACCUUGCGAGGCCCCCCUGGCAUACCCGGCAUAGGACAGCGUGGACCACCUGGUGAACCAGGGGAAGUUGGUGCUCCAGGUGCUCCUGGACCUAAUGGUGAGACGGGACAACGCGGCUACACCGGCUACCCAGGUGCUGCUGGUCCACCUGGCCCAGCAGGUGAACGAGGACCGCCGGGCUACAAGGGUGAUAGAGGAGUCAUGGGUGAGGGAAGAGAUGGUAAAAUUGGACAACCCGGUGAACCAGGACCACCUGGACCCCCAGGAGUGGGUCUUCCCGGGAGGAUAGGUGAGCGUGGAUCCCCUGGUCUCAAUGGGCCCCAGGGUGGCAGAGGUGCUCCAGGGCCUCAGGGUCCCCCAGGCCACUGUGAGUACUGUAACCCUGCCUUGGCGUACCAGGCAGCUGCAUCCCAAGGUAAUACAAAGGGGCCGUGAUCAUCAGCACUUGAGGUAACACCCACGACUUCAAGACCCUGAGGCCACAUGACCUAAGCUCACAGUUGUUUGUUGCUGUCAAUGAACUAUCUGUACCCUCCUCCUACACUUGUCUUAUUGCCAGCUUUACUCUUGCCAUAAAAUAUAAACUAAUAUAAUUUGGAAAUAUUGAACCGUCUCUCAAACUUAUAUUUAGUUUAGGUUAUAAAGUUUCCUUUUCUGUUUCACGUCUCACUGUGUGUUCAUCAUUAAUUUGAAUGAAAAUGUUAUUUUUGUUCUAGCGAACAAAGUGAUACUUUAAUAUGUGCUUAUAAAACAGCUCAGUAAACCAAGUAAACAUAUCAAGAAGUUACACAAUGCUUUGUAUACAGUGAAGUGUGUGAAUACAACAAAUUUUGUGGAUACACUUAAGUUUAAACAUUCAUCACUGCCAAACCCUCAUGGUUUUUGUGUUAUUUUAUUGUUGUUACUGUGGUUGAGGAUAAUGGUAAUAUGAACAUUGAAGAUGUACUUUACUGGCUCAGUCCACCUCAAUACUUCAACCAAACUUACUGUUAUAAAGUUGCCUUUCACUUUUCCAAUUCAACAUAGAUAUCAUAGACGAUUUAUAUUUGAUACAAAAGUAGGAAUUUUCUGCAGUUAUAGAUUCACGAAGUUUGAUUAUUAAUAAUUCAUAAUCUAACCCAAACAACAAUAAGGAUGCAAGCCUGUUGCUUUAAGAGUGAGGGAUGUAAUAUUGUUGGGAAACUGAGCAUGUGUUCAAUGGUGCUCCUAUACUGUAGGCUCUCUGCCUCGUUUAAGCUGGCAUCAUGUAUAUUCUGUAAAACUAACUUUGAUCUGUACAUAAUAUCAUUUUUUAUCAAAAUUAAUAAAGAGUUGGCCAACAA